UGGCCUCCCCGGCCCCCUCCCUGCCCCCGGACCCAGACCUGGACCCGGACCCGGACCCUGAGACCGACCAGCGGCACACACAGGAGGAGCAGUAUGUGAGCGAGGGCGAGUCAAGCCAGCUCGACACCCACCAGGCGCCUCCCGACUGCAGGGACGCCGAGACCAUCACAGAUGUCUGCAACAGCACCGACCUGCCAGAGUUUGAGAUCAUCAGUCUUCUGGAGGAGCAGUUGCCGGUGUACCGGUUACGGGCUGACACCGUCUACGGCUACGACCACGAUGACUGGCUGCACACUCCCCUGGUCGCAGCGGACGCCAGGCUCGACCUGACCACCGAGCAGAUCGAAGAGACCCUCAAAUACUUCUUGCUAUGUGCAGACAGAGUGGGCCAGAUGACGAAGACCUACAAUGACAUUGACGCUGUCACACGUUUGUUGGAGGAGAAAGAGAGAGAUCUGGAGCUGGCUGCAAAGAUCGGCCAGUCGCUCCUGAAGAAGAACCGAACUCUGACUGAGCAGAAUGACUAUUUGGAGGAGCAAGUGGGGCAAAUCACGGAGGAGGUGGCCCAGCUGCACCAUGAGCUGAACCUGAAGGAUGAGCUGCUGCAGUUUUACACCAAUGCAGCUGAGGAGAGCGAGGACGAGUCCAGCAGCUCCCCAACGGGUAAAAAGACUAAAGUGGAAACAGCUUCUGGAGGCUUUGUGAGUGACACACUCCAGAGAAAACUCAAAGAGCUGGAAGAGGAGAACCUGUCACUGCGCUCAGAGGCUAACCAUCUCAAGUCGGAGACCGAAACCUAUGAAGAAAAGGAGCAACAGCUUGUCAAUGACUGUGUCAAAGAACUCAGGUUGUCCAGCCUCCAAAUCUCCACCAUAGCAGAAGAACUGGCUCGUAAGACUGAGGAUGCUUCACGACAGCAGGAAGAGAUCACACACCUCCUCUCUCAGAUCGUAGAUCUGCAAAAGAAAGCCAAAUCUUAUGCAGUGGAAAAUGAGGAGCUGUCUCAGCACCUGAUGGCAGCUAAAGAUGCUCAAAGGCAGCUCACAGCAGAGCUCCAGGAGUUGGAGGAGAAGUACUCCGAGUGUAUCGAGAUGCUGCAUGAAGCUCAGGAGGAGCUAAAGAACCUGAGGAACAGAAACUACUCUGCAGGAACCCCCCGCCGCUACCACCCACUGGGGCUGUACCCGAUGGAUUCUCUGGCCGCUGAGAUUGAGGGAACCAUGAGGAAAGAGCUGAGUCUGGAUGACCCUGAGUGUGAAGAACAGAAGAGCCAUCGGAAGCGUGUGUUUGAGACGGUUAAAAACGUUAACCAGACAGUUCGUCAGAGAUCACUGACUCCAACCAGCGCCAACAUCCCGGGAUCCAACCAGUCUCUGUCAGCUCGAACAUCCCCUCAGUCCAGUGGUCUCUCCACUCCCCACUCAAGUAUGUAUGGAGGUGACCUCAGUGGAGACGGCUUCGCCCUUGACAACCGAACACAGAGCAUCCUGAUGGAGACGGCAUCCAGUCAGGACAGUGCAGAGGCCCGAGAGAAGAAGUCGACUGGUGCUGAGGACCUUCGGCUGGCCCUCCGUCGUCUGUCUCUGCGACGACAAAACAACUUGAGCGAGAGGCGCUUCUUUGAAGAGGAGCGAGAGCGGAGACGGGGAGGACACAUGGGACUCCAGGACACCCUGGGCCAGGAGAGUGUGUUGACCCCCUCCGAAAGCAUCAUGUCCCUCGGGAACCUCCACCUGUGGGCCUCACGAGGGCCUUACCUCCCCGAUAAACUCCAGAUCGUCAAACCACUCGAAGGCUCCGCCACCCUGCACCACUGGCAGCAGUUAGCUCAGCCUCACCUUGGUGUGAUUCUGGAUGCCCGGCCGGGAGUCGUGUCAAAAGGCUACAGACCACUGGAACUAGAGCUGGAGCAGGUAUAUCCAUGGGGUGGCUUUGAGGAGGAUGAACCAGGAGAGCAAUACUUCCAAAAUCUGCCCACCUCCUCAGCUUCUGCCUCCCCGGCUGUUCCCUCCACCUUCAGCACGGGCGACACCAACCUCGCCCAGCCUCCGGCCAGCCUCGCCCCACCUUCUCCGCCUUCUCCAUCCCCAUCACCGCAUCUUAGUAACACCGACGCUUUGGCUGCAUACUACCCUGGUAAAUGCAUGGCCCACACCAGCUCUACUUACACCUUUACAACCUGUCGGAUCCUCCACCCGACUGAUGAGCAGACGCGGGUGACGCCAAGUCUAAAUCCAGUCCCUGCAUCGUCCUCCUGCGUUAUGACCAGCACUCUGUUGGGAACUCCUGCUGCUACUCCCUGCACGCCUCGCAGGCUCAGUCUCAGGCCCUCUGAGUCCUCAACUAACCUCAGAGAUGCAACACGCACCACCAGCACCUCCCUGGGCUUAGUGCGCCUUCUCCAGGAGAGAGGAAUCUCAGCAGCCAUGUAUCACCAGAGCCAGGGCCUGGAGCACGGUCAGGGCAGCGGAGGAGUCCUCUUCAGCACCUCCAUUGCCCCAAACCGACCCCCCAACCCUGACCCUCUGCGACCCUCUACCCCUCCAAACUCCCCCACAAGACAGGGAGCUUCAGCUGUGCCGACCUCCGCAGGCUUCGACUUCAAGAGUCCCUCGUAUGACAACUUCCUGGCCUCCAAACCGGCCCGGUCCAUUCUGAAGGAAGUGACGGGGGGGAUGAGAGGCCGGCAGAGAGGGAGGGACUGUGAAAGUCAAACAGACGUUAGUGUGACCGUCCACAACCUCAACCUGCUGGACAAGGUGAAGCGGUUGGGUGUCGCUGGAGCUUCGGGGGGCAGAGCGGUGAGUCCCAGCCCCAUCCUGGGGCCUCUGGGGGGGCUGCGCAGAUCUGGCUCCCCUUUCGGGCCCGAUGGAAUAAGAAGGAACCGGAGUUAUCCAGGCAUGGUUGGAGCCAGCAUGGUCAUGAAAGCCCCGGGGCCUCAGGAGUAGUCUGGACUGCUGCUGACCAUCAGGGUGACAGAGAAGGAGCCAGGCAGAAUAAAGGACCGGCUGCUGAGCAGUCAGCUGGAGCCCCAACACGGACUGACCAGGUUCAUACUGUGCGACUACAACAUGGUACCACUGACCCAUUUCCACCUGGAUGCUAUCCACUCUUUAAAGCUUUUAAGUGGCAAGUCAUGCUUAAAAUACAAGCAAAAUAACGAAGGAUUAGUUCACCCAAAAUACAACAACAUACAGCAGUCAGCCACAACAUUAGAACCACUGACCUGAUAUUGUGUAGAUGUAGUGGGUCACAAUGUCCUGAAGCUUGGUCAACAGCUAUGUUUAGGUCAGUGGUACAUGUCAAAGUAACACCCGUAUGAAUGCCAGGACUAAGAGAUAAUCAGUGAUCUAUACUUUACAUGCCAGUGGUUUAGUCUUGCAGCUGAUUGGUGUAUUUCCUCAUACCCCUGUCCUGGUUUGGAACCAUAUAUACACAGUAUUUUUUGCUUUUUGUGCCCAGAUUUUGCAAUAUCUCUAAAAUUAAUGCUUGAAUCAGAAAUUUCUUACUACAUGCAAUUACAUUCAAAAAUGUUUGCAUCGUUUUUACUUCAGUGUCUUGACAAUGCUUUCAUAAAUUGGAGUGAAAUUUGGCACAGACAUGCACAAGCCCUUUAAACAGAAUUGUAUCCAUUUUGAUGAUCCUCUGAUCAUAGUGUCACCAUGUUAGAGUUUAACAUAUCUAAAGCUUUAUGCCCAAAUUCUGUUAAAACUAAAAUAAUUCCCAUUUACAGCAGCAGAUAAAUCUCCAUUUUCAAAUUAAGAUGGUGAACAGUACCAGCUAAAUAGCUUUCAUGUUCCCUGCCUUCUUUCUCAGAGCUAGGUUGACUCUCAGAUAUUAAAAAAUCUGGACACACAAAACUAGUUUUAUGUAAUUUAAUUUUAUAUAAUUGGGUGAACUGACCCAUUAAUAUGAGAAUAUAUUGAAACGAGAGCGACUGAGAUCACUCAGAUGCCUGCUUUGGAGACUGACUCUGCUGGCUAGAUGUAGUACUCCCACUCUUGCCUUUUCUGAAGCGCAUCCACAAAAUCCCACACACAUCCGGACACACACAGGUGCACACUGUUAGAUCUUCCAUUGCACUGGCUGGGCUAUUUGUAGUCGCUGUAGCACGACUAGACCAUGCUUUUCUUAUUCAGUAUGAUGGAAUUAAGAUCCACGUUUUAUAUCUGAUGAAAACUUUUACACCAAAUUCAUAAAAUCCGUCAUGUUCUUCCUCCCUCUCGUACCCUUACCUUAAUCCCUCUUGAAGUGAUUACGUUUGAGUCUGACACAAGUACUUUCAGCAAAUCACUGCAUAGAUUUUAUGUCAGUAUUAAAGACACACUGGUUUAGUUUCUUAAUUGGCCAUUAGACAGGGAAGCUGAUGGUGCUUUCACUGAACUGGAUGGAUCAAUACGUUGAAGCCACAGCUCACAAAGAGCACAGAGAGAGAUGAGGGGCUAAUCAGCCUUCACGGUCGGAAGCUUUUGGACAUUUUUCUUAAGGUUUUGUCGGAGAGAUGAAGCAAUAUAGUGCCUCAGCCUUUUGUGUUUGGUGAUUUAUGUCUCUCAUGCAGCUGUUAAGUAGCUCACACGACUGUAGUUGCACUUGUAUUUAUUUAUUUUGAAAAUUCUACCCUUGAUCGAAACAAUUUCUCCUGAAAAUCACAUUGUCUUACACACUGUAUAUACUGUUCAUUGUCACUGAAAUGUCAGCAAUGGCACACUUAAAAAUGAACUGUUAUGUGUAGUGCAUAACCAAGAACCACACGUCACUGUAAGUAUCGGGGUGAGCAUGUAGUCAGGGUUUUUUUUCCAAAUAAAAAGUUAUCAAACAAUAAUUAAUCUUUUUUUCCGCUCAUUGAGAUGUUAUUUUUUUCUUCAUGAAAAUAUGACUCAUUCGGGUCUGGGGUAAUCAUGACAGGAAAACGAUUCGACUUCUUUGCCCUCCUCCAGCAGAUGGUGCUCACAAAUAACUCAAUACGUAGUGAAUAUGUGAGGGUAGUACAUUGUGUUUAUCCAUCUGUCCACGUUGGUGCAGUCAUAAUCCAUUAGCCAUUCACCAUCUGCAGCUCCUGAGCUAUGAGGGACAUGAUGAGGGCUGUUUAAUAAACCUCUACUUCUGAGCGAGAGGUUAGCAAUAACAGAAAAAUGCCACUAUGACAGGCGGGGAGUGUAAUUAGAAGAGAUGAAACUGAUUCAAAUGCCACUGACAUCUAUCAUGUUGAUAUUUGUCAUCUUGGAAUAAUAUUUUGAUAAUUCUAUUUGUCACAAGAGCAACACUUCCAAAGCUGGAAGAGAAGAUUCAUAGUGAGGUGCAAACAGUAUCACGCUGUUUCCUCUUCUGGACACAGAAAUGAUGUGAAGUGUGGCAUUGGUUCUCAUAAUAGUUCAGAUAAGUUAAUUUCUGGUUCUAUUAAACAGCGAUGAAGAGGUAUUAUUUUGAUAUGUGAACACUUCUCAACAUCAAUUAAAAUGAAUGGCACAAGGUUUUGUUCGGACCAGUGUUGCCAGAUUUAAAAUUACUUUUGUAUUUGUGUGAUGUUCAACUACCACCCCUUAAACUUCCCCAACUUCCAUAAUUUCAAGAUGUCACAGCUUCAUAGUUGUGAAAUUCCACAGAGCAGGUUUGGAGCCCUUUUGGUUAUUUAUCAAAACAUAGUGUAGAAGUUUGUCGUCAAAUCAUCUUUUGCUGCAGAUAUCCUUAAGUUUAGUUUAAUUUGCUGUACAAAAAUCAUUAUGACUAUGUUAUUUGCACUGAUAAUGUGCUUUAGUGUGAUUUAUUUCAGGGCUCUUGUUUCUUUUGUUCUUUUUUAAUUGUUGCUAAAUUCUAAUUUUUUUUGACUCGGAGUCACAGACAAGAAUUCCAAUAUACCUGUAUUGUGAUGUACCUGUGCAAAUGACAAUAAAAUGUAUCGUAUUCUAUUCUUAUUAACUUA